AUGGCACUGGUCAUCUGUUCGCAGAGCUAUGAUUCAGCCGACCAGAUCGCUCAGAUCGCCCAAACGCCAGUCCUCCUUACUCUUACGGGGUCGCAUGAUGGCUUAAGCGCCCCGAUUCUAUUCGAUCACGAACUCGCCAAGCAAUCUACUGUUUUUAGUGGCAAGGUCGUCGCUAGAAUGAUGCUCGAGGCUGCUAUUGACUUUGUUAUGGCUCUAGAGGAGCGUGAAGCGCUGGCGCUUGGCCAUCAGCCAGAUAUGGCCGCCGCCUUGCAAGAUCCUUUUAUGAAGAAGUUCUUCACCGGCAUGUACGCCUUUCAAGCCCGCAAGUUGGGCUGGAAUGAAGAGGAAGUGCCAUUCCCCAGUGGCCCAAGCUCCACUUGGGUGGAUAGGGAGAUGUGCGCAGAUUGGGAGGACGAAGGUAUUGAGGGCCUGGCAUAG